AUGGCCCCCAUUACCAUUAACAGAGUCGUAAUUGUUUCACUCUUUCUACCAUACACGGUAUCAUUCCAAAUAGACAAAGAGAAAGAUGUAAAAUACGAAUCAAAUGUAAAUCUGACCUCACCCAAACCAAAUCUUAUCGAAACUUUGGCGGCUCAGAGAACAAAUAAUCUGAAAAAUCCACAAAAGCCGGAAGAAGAUGCGAAUAAGCUAUUUCCUGGUAAAGAGGACGAUACUACUCACCCUGCCACCUUGACGCACCCUCGCAGUCGCGCUUCCAACACUGUUAAUUUGAAAAGAAUGUCCAUUGACUGUACAAAGUUAUUUGCCGAAGCGCCGUGGACAGUCGAGCCUUGUCCGAAUGGAAACAUCGGAUUGCAAAACGCGAUUAAAUCGAUUUCAGAUAAAUUACCAUAUUUGAUGUGGGUGGGAACCCUUGGGUUGUUCACGGACACAUUGACAGAUGACAAAAAAGAAGAUAUUGGGACGAAGCUCACGAAGGAGUACAACGCGAUUCCGGUUUUCGUUCCAGAUGUCGAAUUUGACGGACAUUAUGACAAAUUUUGCAAGCAAGUUCUCUGGCCUACUUUCCACUAUGUCCUUCCUGACGACCCUAAAUCCAGAGUGUACGAAGACGAUUCUUGGAAACACUAUGUUACACUCAAUCAACGAUUUGCUGAUGCUAUUGCAGAGCAUUAUCAACCAGGAGAUAUUAUUUGGAUCAAUGAUUACCAUUUGCUAUUGGUACCCGAGAUGCUAAGGAAGAAGCGUCCUAAUGCUAUGAUCGGAUUUUUCUUGCACGUUCCAUUUCCAAGUUCUGAAAUCUUUAGGUGUUUAUUCGUACGUAAGCAGCUAUUGGAAGGAGUUCUUGGAGCCGAUUUGAUCGGAUUUCAGACAUAUUCUUUUGCACGACAUUUCUUCCAGACUUGUUCGCGCAUCUUGGCUUUGGAGGCAACGCCGAAAGGCAUCCAGUUAGAAAACAAUUUUGUAUCCGUUGGAAUAUUUCCAAUUGGGAUUGACGUUCAGGCAUUGAACGAAAAAAGGAAAGAAUCCGAAGUCUUAAAGUGGACGCGUCUGCUUAAAGAGAAAUAUAAUGGAAAGAAACUAGUAGUGGCACGUGAUAAACUCGAUUACGUCAAGGGAGUAAGACAUAAGAUGCUUGCUUUUGAGAGAUUCCUUACAAACUAUCCAGAGUGGCAAGGCAAAGUUGUCUUAAUCCAGGUCGCUCUCUCAACGACUGAUCAAAAUGAAACUCAAAGCCAAGUCUCAGAUGUUGUCUCUGGCAUAAAUUCGAAAUUUAGUAAUCUCGCGUACCAGCCUGUUAAUUACCUUCACAAAGAUAUUACGUUCAGUCAGUACUUGGCCUUGCUGACUGCUGCUGAUGCAUGUCUUAUUACCUCACUUCGUGACGGGAUGAAUUUGACAUCGCACGAAUAUGUCGUUUGCCAGGAGGAAACUCGCCGACCGUUGAUUCUUAGCGAGUUUGCAGGGACUUACGGAAGUUUUGGUGCUGCUAUCCGUAUAAAUCCAUGGGAUUAUAGGGAAACAGCCGAUGCAAUCCAUGAAGCAUUGAAUAUGUCGGACGAAGAUGCAACCGUUCGAUGGAAGGAGUUAUUUAAAAACGUCACUACCCAUUCUGCCCAGUUCUGGGCUCAGAGUUUUAUCACCGAGUUGGAGAAAGUGCAUAGUGACAUGCAGCGACGUUUCUCUAUACAUAUUCCGCAUUUGAAUCCCAAAUCUUUCGAAGACGCUUUCCACAAGGCCGAGAAGAGAUUAAUCCUUCUUGACUAUGAUGGAACUCUUGUUCCUUACGAGAAAGCCAACACAUCAGGCAGGCCGCCUCAGGAGUAUGUCAAUAUAAUGAAAAAACUUUGCAGCAACCCUAAGAAUCAAGUAUAUGUGAUGAGCGGUCGGACGCGGCAAUCACUUGAUGAGCGAUUGGGUGAUAUACCUAAUCUUGGAUUGAGUGCAGAGAACGGUGCAUUUAUUAAACCAAUUGGUGGUGAUUGGGAAAGUCUUAUUUCCGACAUAGACAUAGGAUGGAGGGAGCAGGUCCAGGAGAUCUUCGACUACUUUGCGGAGAGAACUCCUGGAUCAUAUAUAGAAAUGAAGGAUGUAUCUAUUGUAUGGCAUUAUCGUUCCGCCGACAACCAAAGCUAUGGAGCAUGGCAAGCAGCAGAAUGUCAAAAUCACAUAGAAGAUGCACUGGGAACAAUAUAUCCCAUUCAUGCGGUUGCCGGGAAUAAAAAGCUCGAGGUUAUGCCUCGUAAUACCAAUAAAGCGGUUGCCGUCUCCCGUAUUCUUCUUGCCGGUGUGCCUGAUUUUAUUCUUGCAAUUGGUGAUGAUCGUACGGACGAGGACAUGUUCAACUACGUUAAUAAGUUAGAAAACGUCAAGACCACAAUCACAUGUACUGUUGGGUCUAAGAGUAGCGAAGCUAGUUAUUUCAUUAGCGGAGUUAUGGGUGUCGUGACGUGUUUGGACAUUCUCGCUUCUGAAGAGUAG